UGUAGCCUAGUAGAACUGUAAUUCCGUAGGCGGUCAUUUGGCAAAUGACAGCGCAUGCCAAGACAACGAGUUUCUAUUCUGAAGAAACGAGAGCAACUGCGCAGACAUCUGGGCAACAUGCAACAGCAACAACAAUACUAAAAAGAUUUCUUAUUAGGCUACCCCAGUCACAGUGGCUGACUAUACUCUCUGAUAAACGGAGUUUGUAAACACAAGCUAAAGAGAAGGUGCGUAUCUGCUGUCCCCAACUACUACCACCGGACGCCCUACAGAAUGAAAAGUAAAGAAAGGAAUGCCUGCCCAUCGCCGGAGAUCACUGGGUCAAAGCCCUCGGAGUCCAUACCCGGUCCAGCACAGAAGAGGAAGAUCUGGACAGCCACGUCUUCAGCAGAGGACACUAGACUCCUACUUUGGUAGGCAGCCAGUAGAGGACGGCCUCCAGAGGGCGCCAGAGCCCCUGCAAUCUCCACCAGCCCCCUCUAACACACGCAUCGAUGCCCUGCCGGAGCCCCUGCUCAGAGGCGUCCUGGCCAUGCUCCCAGCUGAGGACCUCUUCCUCCGGGCCAACCGCGUCUCCAGACUCUGGCACCAUAUCAUCUCUCAAGAUGGGUUUUGUUGCUGGAAGAAGCGCUACAUACGCUACCAUCGCCAGGGGGAAGAAGGCCAGAGAGAGGUGGUCUCCAUUCUUCAAGAAAACCACCUGAUCCCUGACAACAACCUCUGCUUACUACACAUGGCAAGGUACAUAUCUCAGACCUUCCAGUGCAUGCCAAGGGUGUCAAUGGCAGACAGAGACAAAAGGAUGCUGGAGUCAAUCAGGACACAUCGCCUUUAUGAGCAAGCCAUAGCCUGCAUGCCAGAGAGCAUGAGGCAAACGGGUGAGGAGGAGAGCAUUUGGUCAGCGUUGGCUCUGAUGCUGGUUCUGGCUGGUGGGGUGGGAGACAUGUGGCAGCUGGUCAGUCGUCUGAGGGGCCCGCUGGAUCCUGGGGUGCUCUCGGAGCUCCUGUGGUGCACUGCCACCCUGCUCCGGGCCAUGGAGCAAAAAAAGGUCAAAAUCAGCAACCGGCUGCACUAUAAUAUUUUCUAUGUGCUGCACCUAAUGGAGAACACCUCUCCUGCCCAGGCACCGCCGGUGGAGAAUGACUUAGAAUCAAACAGGGAAAACCAGAUGACCCAAGAGCAGCAACACAUUCUGAACCACACGCCAGGGACAGAUCACGUGAUCAAAAUCAUGGCCUUUGCUGGGACGGGGAAGACAACCACACUAGUCUACUAUGCCAGAAAAAGGCCAGAGCUGCAAUUCCUGUAUGUGGUCUUCAAUAAAGAGGCACAGAGGCAUGCAACACGCAUCUUCCCUGACAAUGUGUCCUGUAAGACCAUUCACUCCCUUGCCCACACUGCUGUAGGAGAGAGGUUCCGUGAGAGGCUGCAGUUCUCCCCCCUGAAGCUCAUGUCUGUGUUCUGGGUGUUGCCUGACGGUGAACGCAGCAUAGUGUGGGCCAAGGUGGUGACAAAGACCAUCAACAUUUUCUGGGCGUCUACGGACGCUGCCAUAGAGGCCCAUCACGUGCCAACCUGGUACAGGAGCACCAGCGGCAGUAUGUGCCGGCCUACUGAGACUCAGAAACAGAUGUUUUUGAACAAUGCCAGACGCAUAUGGGAGAGAAUGAAGGCGAUUGGACCAACAUCUGAGGCUGCCUACCGCAUGUAUCAUGAUGGAUACCUUAAACUCUGGCAACUGGAGGGUGGUCGCAUCAUGGGACACUAUGAUGUCAUCUUUAUCGACGAGGCCCAGGAUUGCACUCCAGUGACCAUGGACAUCUUGCUGUCUCAGCCUUGUGCAAAGAUCUUAGUGGGUGAUCCUCACCAACACAUCUACAGCUUCAGAGGAGCGGUCAACAACCUGGACACAAUCCCACACACACACCUCUACUACUUGACCCAGAGUUUCAGAUUUGGUCCAGAGAUUGCCUACACUGGUGCAACAAUACUUGAAGUUUGCAAAAACGUCAAGAAGUCACUGGUUGGAGUUGACCAGGCUGGCUCUGUGCGAGGGCAGGACAAUGAGAUGCGCCGCAGGUUCCUGACUGGUGAGGGUGAAGCUGACGGGAAGGUGGCCAUUCUCAGCCGCACAAACGCCUCCAUCUUCCAUGAGGCAGUCAGAUUGCUAACCCUUAACGAGUCCUGCCUCAUCUACAUCAUAGGCGGCAUCAGAGCAUUUGGAUUGAACAUAAUUCAGGAUAUCUGGUAUUUGAAGCAGAGAGAUAAUGGGCAACAGAUUGGAGAGUCUUUCAUCCGACGGUUUGCUGAGGGAAGAGUGCCUGGGCUGCAGGGCUAUCGUGGUCUGGGCGAGUACGCUGCCAUGGCUGAGGACCUGGAGCUGUUGUGGAAGAUUGCAGUGGUGGACAAAUACGGAGAGCGCAUUCCUGACCUCCUCAACCGCAUUCGUGACAGGCAACAGACAAGACAACAAAGAGCAGAUUUUAUCCUGGGCUCAAUGCACAAGGCCAAAGGAUUGGAAUUUGACACUGUUUUCAUUAUUGAUGAUUUCCGGGCCCAAGUUCAAGAUAAUGAAAGGCCUGUUGAAGAUGACGAGAAGAAUCUCAUCUAUAUGGCUGUGACGCGAGCAAAAAGAAGCCUCUUCAUGACUAAAACCAUCGCCAAUAUCAUUGCACGUGCAGGGGAACAUUUCCUUAGGCCAGAGUGGACCAAUGCUGCUGCGGAGACUCCUGAAACACAGUGUUCCAUCCCAAAAUGCUCCAAUAAAGUGAACACAAACACUCGCCUCUGCAUGAGCAAGCUCCCCAUCGCAUAUGUUGAUGGUGUGGAACCAGGUGGUCCUCUAUGUUUGCCCUGUCUUCACAACAUGGCUGGUCACCUGGCUUUUCUGAUGAGUCCCGGGAUACAACAGGUUCCUUUUCCAUAGCCCUUUCAUGUGGCAGUGGGACAAUGAAUUUCUUGGGCAUGGUUUGGAUUGCACAUAUGCUAAUUAACUUAAAACCCUGCCCUGACUUUCCUGUUUGACCGAUGAGGCUAGACUAAACUCGCCGGUUUCACUUUUAAACUUUGGCGAUUGUAUUUACAUCUUUUAAAACCUCUUUAAACUAUCAAAUGAUGUGCUUUUCACUUGACUAAAAAACAAAGGUCCUGGCUAUAGCUCAGCCUGUGCUAUCAUCUCACUUCAAACUAUUUUCUCAAUGGUUUACACACUUUCCAAGUCCCCUGACAUUGUGAUUUGAAUGUCAGGGCUACCUUCGAAGUCUUUUACAACUUUGAGCUUUUUUUAACAGCUUUUUUAACAGCCAGCAAAGCCUUUCCAAUCAUGAUAGUUACAUGAUACCCACAUUGACUAACAAAUAUUCAGCAGAAAACUGCUUGCUGAAAAAGCUUAACUACAAGAAAUGCUACGCUGCCGUGGCCAACCGGUAAGGCACUCGUCUGUCUUGCGGCCGACCCGGGUUCGAUUCCCAGCCCGGGUCAUGUGCCGACCCCUCCCCAUCUCUCUCCCCAUUCGCUUCCUGUCCACCUCUCAAACUGUCCUGUCAUCAAUAAAGUCGUAAAAGACCAAAAAAAAAAUCUUUAAAAAAUAAAUGUUACGCUUCCUGGGUCCGUGUUUCGAUAAGAAAAGGUCAGGUAAGGUGGCUCCCCUGCCCCCUACCCCCUGCCCUCCGUCUCCCUCACCAUCUCCCCCCCUCCCGGAGCCAUACUGUAUUAUACGAAUGUUUUGUGACAGCGUUGUGAACUUCAACAAUCUGCGACGGUGCCUGUUGAUAGCGAGCCCAAGCCGUAUGCCAAAUGCGUUCCUCACAUGGGCUAUUAGUUGAUGGUGGUUUGUGUAGGCGCUGUCGGCAAAGGAGACAGUCCCUUCUCCCUCCGAAAUAGCAGCGAACGGACGGACGGACAUGCCAACACACAAAUUGGGUGAUCACAUAACUUCAUGGUGGAGGUUCAUAUCUGGGGGUGAUGUUGGGGUAUUGUGACAACUGGGUCAAUACCUCAAUUUUCUUCUUCUCCAUUUACUUAUACGUACAGGUAUAUGUAUUCAUUUUUGGGAUAGGCUUACACACACUAACUUAUGGAUCUUUAUAGAUAUCAAACCACCUAUUUUCAUGUGUUUGUCUUGGAUUUUUACUGCAUUUUGGGGCAUUGACGUGAAUUUGAAAAGCUUACACGUUGCUAUACUCAUUUUCCAAUUUUCUAAAUCUAUGUGUUUUUUUGUACUUUUAUAUACAUUUUUGUAUGUUUGUUUCAUUAGAUCUGUAAACCAGCAGUUUUCUCUGUCAACUACCUUCUUGUUAGACACCGCAACAUGAAUGAAUGAAUAAAUGAAUGAAUUGCCUUGAA